GGCCGUCAAUAGGAUAGUCCACUUCAUUGUUUUUCUGUCUGUAUUUUUCCUUUUUAUUCUCCUCUGUACUGGUCUGGGAAAACAAGAGGCAGGUGUUAUAACGCCGCAGUGGCCAUGUCGGAGACGUACGAUUUCCUGUUUAAAUUCCUUGUGAUUGGGAAUGCCGGGACAGGCAAGUCCUGUUUGCUGCACCAGUUUAUAGAGAAGAGAUUUAAGGAUGAGUCCAAUCACACCAUUGGGGUGGAAUUUGGCUCCAAGAUCAUCAGUGUAGUUAACAAAAUGGUGAAAUUACAGAUCUGGGACACUGCAGGUCAAGAGAGGUUCAGGUCUGUUACUAGAAGUUACUACAGAGGAGCAGCAGGAGCUUUGCUGGUCUACGACAUCACCAGUCGUGAGACAUACAACGCUCUGACCACUUGGCUUAGUGAUGCAAGGAUGUUGGCCAGUCAAAACAUAGUCAUCAUUCUCUGUGGAAAUAAGAAGGACCUGGAUGCUGACAGAGAGGUCACAUUCCUGGAGGCCUCCCGCUUCGCACAAGAGAACGAGCUCAUGUUUUUGGAGACCAGUGCUCUGACAGGAGAGAAUGUUGAGGAGGCCUUUGUCCAGUGCGCCCGCAAAAUCCUCAACAAGAUAGAGUCAGGGGAGCUGGAUCCAGAAAGGAUGGGGUCGGGUAUCCAGUAUGGAGACGCUGCUCUGCGACAGCUCCGUUCUCCUCGGCGUGCUCAGCCACAGGGCACUCAGGAGUGUGGCUGUUAG